AUGAGCAAAGUGUUCAUCAUCAGCACUCCUGCUGUUCUAGUCGAGUGGUUGCAUCACUCGUUGGAACUGACAUCUAAUUUUGACGCCAAAACACGUGUGACUCAAUCACCGACGCCAUCAACAAUGCCUUCUAAUGUUUCUCCCUUCAUCCCUCGUGAAGACUAUAAACAAGACAAUUCAUCUAAAGAAUCGACCUCAAGUGGUUCAAAUAGAAAGAAAGACUCAUGUUGUAUAGCAUAA